AUGUCAACACGUAUUAUUUACCUCGGCUUUUGUUUGAUUAUUAUUCUCAAUCAACAUUUUGGAAAGACGGAACGUCGUUGUCGUUGUCUUGCUGGUGAUUCUCUUUGUUGGCCUAAUGCUUCUGCUUGGCAAAUAUUUAAUAAAUCUGUUGACGAUCGUCUUGUUUUACCUCGACCAUCAGCUGCUGUAUGUACUAUAGCUGAAUUUAAUUUGGAUGAAUGUACUCAGGCUGCUACUUACUGGACGAAUUCAACGUGGCGUAGUUAUAAAUUGGGUGCCAUGCAAUAUUACGAUUGGGAAAAUACUUCAUGUUCUAUCAGCAAUCCAAACUCUACAUGUAAUCAGGGAUCCGUGCCUAUCAUUGCUGUUAACGCGACGUGGCCCGAACAUGUACAAGCAACUAUAAAAUAUGCUGCAACAAAUAAUCUUCGCUUAGUUAUCAAAACAACAGGACAUGAUAUGAUGGGUCGAUCAACAACGGCUGGAUCUCUUCUUUUAUGGCUUCAUUACAUGAAAAAUAUUACAUUAAUUGAAAAAUAUUCUUCAUGUAGUACUGUUAAUAUAUCGAAUGCUAUUCGUCUUGAUGCAGGAGUUCAAUGGGAUGAAGUCUACAAAUGGUUGGCCAAGUAUAACUUGACAGUAAUAGGUGGAACCUGUGGAUCUGUAGGUGCGGCUGGCGGUUAUUUGCUUGGAGGUGGCCAUAGUCCAUUGUCACGCUGGAAAGGUAUGGCAGUUGAUCAAGUACUCGAAUAUGAUGUUGUCACAGCAGAUGGUCAACGUCAAACUGUAAGUCCAUGCCAAAAUGGCGAAUUAUUCUGGGCAUUAAGUGGUGGAGGUGGUGGCACAUUUGCUGUUGUAUUAUCUGUUGUCCUGCGAACAUUUCCAACACCACAUAUAAUUGGUUCAAUACAGAGCGUUCGCGCCCUGAGUGAACUUCGUUAUUCUAGAUUAAUUCGAGAUUUUGUUCGAUUACUACCUAGUUUGGCUGAUGCAGGAUGGGCUGGCUAUUUAUCGUUGAUAGAUACUAAUUUGACAAUAACGUUUCUUUGGCCUCAAGGAAAUCUUGAUAUUGCAAAUGCGACAUUUAUCAAAUUCAUGAAUGAUAACACAGAUCUAGUGUUUUCGAGCAGUCUUAUUGCUUAUGCACCAUCAUUCUACGAUGCAUACAUGGUUGCGUUUCCACAGUGUGAUCCCACUGGAUUCAAUCUUCUAAUAGGCUCACGACUUAUUCCUGAAACAAUUGUUCGCAACAAACCAGAUGAUGUCUCACAGAUAUUUUAUCAAAUGAAAGGUCAAUCUAUAAAACCAUCAACUCUAUUGGUGAAUCUUGUCGCUGGUGGACAAGUUUCUAAUAUAUCUAAUGUAAACAAUAGUCUUAAUCCAGCAUGGCGCACAGCACUUCUCCAUGUGUUCUAUGGUCAAGUUUGGUCUGAUAGUACAUCCAAAGAUGAUCAACAACUGGUUGCUGCUCAAGUUGCUAAUAAUGUCCAACUCUUAGAUACACUUUCAAAUGGUUCUCAAUUCGGUUCCUAUAUGAACGAAGCUGAUCCAAAUGAACCUAAUUGGCAACAGAGAUUUUUUGGUUCGCAAGCCAUCCCAACAGCACUUAUUUCUGUUCAACGUCUGCCGAUCAUGAUUAGUAUUAAAACAUUUUUUGUAAUAUUGUGA